AUGUCGACGAUGAUCACUUUUGCGGCCAACAACGAGUUUUUCAGGAAACGCAAGCGCGUCCACCGCGCAUGCGAAUCAUGCAAGAGACGCAGAAAGCGUUGUAGCCAUACUUUCGACGACGAGGCAGAACAGGGAAAUAGCGGGAGGAAUACCCAAAGUGGACAUUCACCCUCGGAACCUGCGAGCGCGCACUACCAUCCUCAUGAUCCAAGAGGGCCCCGUGGGGACUCGCAUCCUCACGGCCAUGCACACUCCACAAUGCCGCCGUCGCAAAGUCCCGCCUCGGAUCACACCGCCCAAACACCACCAAACUUCCUAGGCUACCUGAAUCCGGAAGCCGUCUUACGAGAGCAAGUUCAUUCCGAGCGUGGAAAGGCCGUUCAGUCACCCGGUCAUCCUCCCAUCGGACAGUGGAUCCCAGAGCGGGACCAGCGACCAACGUCGACACAGUCUGGGCCGAGUACGUCCCGUAUUGUUGAGACCGGUCCGCAUUCUAACCAGGAGAAUCAAAUCUCACGGGCGCUUCAAACCUACCUGAAUGCGGUCGGCGUUAAUAUCUUGCCGUCACGAGAAAACCAAGCUAUACUGCUCGAAAUCUACUUCAACUAUGUGCAUCCACUGUUGCCACUCGUCGACAAGGAACUCUUCUAUGAACAGUACCAUCACGGUAGAGAAUCGCGGGUCCUUAUGCAAGCGAUAUGUAUCGUAGCAUCGAAACACGCUUCGGCUGCGAAGCAUCUGUAUCUAGACAACGACACUGCUUCUCUGCCAAUGAGCCCACGGGAGUUUUCUCAGAGACUGUAUAAUGCCGUCAUUGUCGGUAUCGAGGCAAAGCUGGAGAAGAAUCGUGUCGUGCUGAUUCAAGUACUUGCUCUGAUUUCCCUACAUUGCGAGGGUCCAGAUGGCGCCGAACAAGCUUCAAUGCACCUAGCCCAAGCUAUCCAUCACGCACAUACAUUCGGCCUGCAAUUUGGACAUCAAUGGAAGAACCAGAGUUCGGAAUCCCAAGGUAACUUGGAAGACGUCUUCUGGUGUCUAUGGAGUCUUGACAAGAUCAAUGCUUGUAUGAAUGGGCGACCAUUGCUUAUGCACGAUCGAGAUAACAGCCUGAGGCAGUUACCAUCAGAUCCAGAGAAGCGGUCAAGCCCGUUCGGUAUCUGGCUGCAGAUAUCUGAGAUGCUGGACAAGGUCAUAGAUUACUAUCGGCCCGGAAGGGCUGUGGAAGAGACUGGUUGGGAAGGCGAUGACUUCUUGGGUUUCGAAGAGAUGGUUGGUGAUGGUGAAGAUAAGUUGGACGGUCCCAUUAUGAGCCUCCUCUCACUCUUCCACCACACCAUGUGCAUGGCCUCACAUAAGUCACUCUCCAUCAACGCCCCUGUCAAAUCAACACCAUCAUACGUCCGCCAAAGUCUGUCAGCAACACGAGUCAUCCACCUCCUUAACGCAGAACCGCCAGAAAUGCUCCCACCGCUCCCCAUCGUACCCUAUGCGCUGGGUGUAGCUUUGAGUGUGGUAUAUCGCCACUUCCGGUCUCGCCGCUUAAAGGUUCACGUCAACCGCGCCACAGAGGAACUGAAGCAGUGUGUUCGUCUUCUUGACCGGCUACGCAACGCAUGGUGGUCCGCCGGUACAACAGCAGAUCUCGGUCGCGCAGUUCUCAGCAACGCCGCGGGACGCAACACCAACGCGGUCAACACACCCAUACCCGUGCCAGCAGAACCCCGUCACACUGAACCGAAAACCGAACCUCCAACCCCACAGAGCACGCACAGCGGGCAACUACCACCGCCAAACCACCCCCAGCAUUGGCCGCAAGACAUUGAAACACGAAUCGACCCGCGUCUUCAACAACACCAACCUCACCCCCACGCCAACUCUCCCAUGACCAGCCUCCUCAAUCCCAUCUCCACACCAAACCCCGGCCAACAUCCUACAAGCAGCGAGCGUGCAGACCGAGCUCCCAUGGCCGCCGGCCCUCCUGCUGGCUUCAGUUUCGCCGAGCAAAGCCCAGAUUGGCUCAACUUUGACGCGGCGUUUGAAAACUUCGAGGGCUUGUUGGGAAGCAGUGGUGCGGAUUUGAGUAAUGAGCUUUUCAGGCCAUUGAAUUAUGAGACUCUCGAGGGGUUUCUAGAUCCUGCUGCUUAG